UUUUCUUUGCAGAGCCAGAUGCCUGUGAUCUAGUAGCACACAUUUACCUUCUCUUAACCUCCAUGUAAUUUCAGUUGAUUAGAUUUUGUGGACCGGUGACUAGCUCAGAGCUAGCAAGGCUGUGGCACAGAGCAUAAUAAAACAGCAUGCAGCAGUACGUCACAAGGUUUUUGCAUAAGGCUUAGUCAAGGCUUUUGGAACCGCCCUCAAUUGCACCUUGUGCUAUAUUAGUACUUCUCAGACAGGAAGAAUUUUCUUUUGCUGGUGUAACUCGUCCGGUUACCUUCAGGAAGAUUGGAUAACCAAGAAAUGACUAAUCAAGAGUCUGCUGUACAUAUGAAAAUGGUGGCAGAAACCAACCUACUUUGAAUUGGUCUUGGUGCUAUUCUCCUGUCAAUUAUCUGAAUCUUGAGGUUGUGAUUUGCUUGAGAUGCCAGAAUUCCAGAAGAGUUCAGUUCGCAUCAAGAACCCAACAAAAGUAGAAGAAAUUAUCUGUGGUCUUAUAAAAGGAGGAGCUGCCAAACUUCAGGUAAUAACAGACUUUGAUAUGACACUUAGUAGAUUUUCCUACAAAGGGAAAAGAUGCCCAACAUGUCAUAAUGUCAUUGACAACUGUAAGCUGGUUACAGAUGAAUGUCGGAAAAAGUUAUUGCAGUUAAAGGAAAAAUAUUACGCUAUUGAAAUUGAUCCUGUUCUUAGCGUAGAAGAGAAGUAUCCUUAUAUGGUAGAAUGGUAUACUAAAUCACAUGGUUUGCUUGUUGAACAAGCUUUACCAAAAGCUAAACUUAAAGAAAUUGUGGCAGAAUCUGAUGUUAUGCUCAAGGAAGGCUAUGAGAAUUUCUUUGAUAAGCUCCAAGAAUACAAUAUCCCGUUGUUCAUAUUUUCGGCUGGCAUUGGUGAUGUACUAGAAGAGAUUAUCAGUCAAGCUGGUGUUUAUUAUCCAAAUGUUAAAGUCGUGUCCAACUUCAUGGAUUUUGAUGAAAAUGGGGUGCUCAAAGGAUUUAAAGGAGAACUAAUUCAUGUAUUUAACAAACAUGAUGGUGCCUUGAGGAAUACAGGCUAUUUCAAUCAACUAAAAGACAAUAGCAACAUAAUUUUGCUGGGAGACUCCCAAGGAGACUUAAGAAUGGCGGAUGGAGUAGCCAAUGUUGAACACAUUCUGAAAAUUGGAUAUCUAAAUGAUAGAGUGGAUGAGCUUUUAGAAAAGUAUAUGGACUCUUAUGAUAUUGUUUUAGUACAAGAUGAAUCAUUGGAGGCAGUCAACUCUAUUUUACAGAAGAUUCUAUAAACAGGCAGUCUUCAAGAAGACCUCUGUCCCAUGGAUGCAAUUGAUGCAAGAACUGCUCAUCUGUUCAUCUUGCUGAAAGACUCUUAUUUAUAAUAUAUCCUUAUUCUCGAAGUUUUCCCUUUACAUGAACUGAAGUGUUUUCAGACAUGUUGAAUCCAUCAACUGGAAGCUCCUUUUUCUCCACCUCUCUCGAUACACUCCUCAUCAUAUUUUUUAACAAUUUUAAAAACAAAAUCUUAAAUCCAAAAUUAGAAAAAUAACUCCCUACUUUUCCAAAGUGAAUUUUGUAGUUUGAUGUUAUGCAGUUUUUGAGGAGUCUUUUUACACUGGGAACAUUUGUAGAAAUUUUAAAAGUUUUGUGCAAUGGUGAAAUACGCAUGGUUUUAAGUAUUGCCAUUUUUGUAAUUUGGGUUAUUAUUGCUGAUGGUAUCUCUUGAAAUUGUGUUAGGUAUGGUUAUUUUGCUGGGGAAAAUCAGUAUUUACCAGAAAAGACUGGCACUUCAUGUUGAAAAAAUACUACUGGUGUCCACAAUGUCACUUAUCAUUACGAAACAUUCUGUAUUGAAAGCACUGAUAAUAAAUAUGAAAUGAAAAGCCUUUUUAA